CUGUUGAUGUAUGCUGGUGUUGACGACAGAACCGAUUCCCCGGAGGGAUAUAGAUGGAUAUUAACACAGCCUGUGGACAACAAUUAGCACUAAUGAGUGUUAUGUACAUUAGUGAUCAACGGGUUUUAUGAUGCGAUAGACACUUAACCUAAUGCAUAUAAUCAUUCGCGCAGUGAAAACAUUAUCCACUUUCGUUACCUGAUUUGUUUUCAACACAUGUACAGUCAUUUUGGUGUUUCGUGGAGGUAAAUGUGAAAUCUGGUAAAAAUGUAUUAUGAUUGAUGUAAAGGUAUUUUGAUACUGAUGUAUGAUAAAAACCUCUAGUGUUUAAGGGUGGAAAUCUUGAAGGAUCAAAAUACCUGAUCUGAUACAGGAGCUAUUUUGAUUUCUUAUACUUAACAUGACUGCAUGUUCACUAACUCUGAUCACCCUUUCAUUUCCAUGUUAAUCCGAAGAGGAGAAAUAAAGAAGCCAUAGAAAUUGACGUAAGUCAGUUUAAAAGGAACAUUUUCAUCGAUGCAAAAACCUCAACAGUGAUAACACAAUUAUAUAUACUUUAAAAAAUAUACUUCAAGUAGGUGAUGUGUACGUGUGAAUCGUAGCACCUGGGUACCCAAAAAUAGUAUCUAUCCGUGGGCAGAAGUUGAUUACAUUUCCAAUGGAUUGUGCAUUUCUCAUAAUUACUGAUCUCUGCCUAGUGACUGUAUCCGACUAUUAAGCUCCAUACUCCAGAAAUGCUGGGAGCCAGCCCUGUAUGAUGAUCCUGCUGGAUUUCAAUAGUGUCAUUUCAAUACUUAAAGCUUAAUGGACACACUGAUCAGACAGUGCUGACGUCUUCUUGAUGUAAGCUGAUUUAGCUACAUGUACCAUUAAUUUACCAGUCGUGAGUGAUUUGUUAUCAUCUGUGUAAUUACACAAUUCGUUCAUUCUGUUGAUGACACGCUUCUAACAUAUAAGUAAUGAUUUUAUAAGUUGGCUACAAAUUAGACAUAACAUUGAUCCGAAGUGCUGGGGAAGCUGUCAAUUUAUGUGUGCAUCACACCCAGUGAAGACGAGUGGACUAUGUUUUCAUUGGUGGUAUGUCGUGAUCCUGGUAUGGAGAUGUGACUUGGAUAAUUUAUUUGGCCAAAAGCUGUUGUGGGAAUAACUGGACAACAUGUUCUCAAAGUAUACUAGACAUGACCGGAGAUUAUCGUGGCCAGGGUAUCGUGCCAGAACCCUUGGCAAAAUAGAUGAAAACAGACCUACACAGGCUGUGGUUAUCGCUGGAGAAAAGAUGGAAUGUACCUGUAUGGAGUUGGCACUAGAGGGGGAAAGGUUAUGUAAGGCUGGCGACUGCCGUACAGGGGUCCAUUUCUUUGAAGCUGCGGUGCAGACAGGCACGGAUGAUCUGAAAACUCUCAGCGCCAUCUACAGCCAACUUGGAAAUGCCUACUUUUACUUACAGGAAUAUGCUAAGGCUCUGGAGUACCACAAACUUGACCUUUCUCUAGCACGAACUCUCAGUGAUAAGGUUGGUGAGGCAAAGGCUAGUGGUAACCUUGGAAACACACUCAAAGUCUUGGGAAAGUUUGAAGAGGCAAUAGCUUGCUGCUUACGACACUUAGAUAUAGCACAGGAGCUUGGAGAUAAGGUGAGUGAGGCCCGUGCUUUGUAUAACCUUGGCAACGUUUACCAUGCCCAAGGCAAACACACUGGGAGAUGUACAAAUGAAGAUCCAGGAGAAUUUCCGGAAGAAGUGCGUACCUGUCUUCAGAAAGCUGCCGAGUACUAUGAAGCAAAUCUACAAAUUGUAAAAGACCUUGGUGAUAAAGCUGCCCAAGGUCGGGCCUGCGGUAACCUUGGCAACACCAACUAUCUCCUGGGCAAUUUUAGUGAGGCAAUACAGUACCACCAGGAGAGGCUAGCGAUAGCCAAAGAAUUUGGAGACAAGUCAGCCGAAAGGAGGGCGUACAGUAACCUAGGAAACGCCCAUAUAUUCUUAGGUGAAUUUGAAGUUGCAGCUGAGCAAUACAGGAGGACACUACAGAUUGCGAAACAGCUUGGAGACAAGGCACUAGAGGCGCAGGCCUGCUACAGCCUAGGAAAUACCUUCACACUCCUUCAGGACUACGAGAAGGCCAUUGAAUAUCAUAUGAGGCAUCUAAAAAUAGCACAGGACCUGAAUGACCGUGUGGGUGAGGGCAGAGCGUGCUGGAGCUUAGGCAAUGCACAUUCUUCACUAGGCAACAAUGAAAUAGCCUUGGAAUUUGCCAGUAAACACUUGCAAAUAUCUAAAGAGAUUGGUGAUGAAAAUGGUCAGUUUUCAGCUCAGAUGAACCUAGCGGACCUGAGAAAUGUACUGGGUAUAAACAUGUCCUCUGCUGAAUCUACUCCAGGGGUCAUCAGUCACGAUGGGAAGUUGAAGGAUGAAACAGAUCUUGCUAUAAGCAGACGACCUUUCCGACGACACAGCAUGGAAAAUAUGGAACUGAUGAAGCUUACACCUGAUAAAAAGGGUACCCUACCUACUGCCAACGGAGGGGCUCGACCAAAAGUUCCCAAGUUCCAGAAGGCAGCCAGUAUAGCUUCUAAUUCAGAACUAGAACACAGACCAAAGCUCACGAAAGAUAAGUCUGUAGACACAAGUCAUGGAGAUGAAGACAGUUUCUUUGAUCUAGUCAGCAAGUUCCAAAGUAGGCGAAUUGACGACCAACGAUGUUCAUUCAAGAUUGAGCCUUCAGUACCCACCCCUAAACCUCCAGUCCCCACAGUACCAGUGGUGACAAAGAAAACCAGUAUGUCAGCAGCAUCAGAAGGAAAUGAGGAGUUCCUUGACAUGGUGGCAGGAAUCCAAAGUUCACGGAUGAACGACCAGAGAGCGGCUCUCCCACAGUUCCCUGGUCUCAACUCACAGACCGUUAUUGACCAGUUCUUGAAGCAGAGGAGUGACUCCCAUGUUCCAGAUGACAACUUCUUUGAAAUGCUGAUGAGAUGUCAGGGUUCAAGGAUCGAGGACCAGAGAAGUUCCUUACCACAAUCCAACAUCCCAGCUCCGACAGUGCCCGACGAAGAUUUCUUCAGUCUUAUCCAGAAGGUACAGUCUUCGAGGUUGGAGGAGCAGCGUACUAGCCUGCCAGACAAACCAACAACAGAAACACAGGGGAAGAAAAAGAAGAAAUGAACUUGAAGUGUGAAUUUUUAGAUGCAAAAUCAUUGGCUACUGGUACCCAGGCUGUUUAAUGCUUGCCCCGGAAAUGUUGGCUAAUUGUAUCAUGGAUUAUAGAAACCCAUGCCUCCAUUACAUAGGGUGCUUCCUGUACAAUUUUACCUGUGUCGGUAGAAGAUUAACAAGAUGAUUUUGAUCCACAGGGAUGUUUUACUGACACAGGGAUGUGACAAUAUUGACCGUCCGCAGUGUCCACCAAACAUUUGGUAGCCGAUAUUGCUGGGAGUUUUACCUUAUACAUAGUCAGGAGCGUGACACAACGACCUGGUAUGUCCACACAAUACAAGAUACAAGGGACAUAUCAAUCUGGAUAGUGGACCAAAUUGCUCAGAAUACUUUAUAUUUUGGAUGGUGACAAAGAAAUCGGACCAUAUUUUGUCAAGUACUAGAUGUUCCUCCUGCUCUUCAAUGCUAUUUUGUGACAAUCAUUUUAGCAUAUAUUUUAAUUAUGUACCCAAGCCAUGUACUAGAUGUAUUCAUUGUGUAGCUGUUGGGUCAACCUAACUAUGACUUCCAGCUAAAACUUGUUCUCACUACAGGCAAUGUGGAAAUAUUUUCUUUUAAAGGUUUCUGACCAACAGCAGAUGACAUCUUGCAUGCAGUGUGCCAGCAUGUGUGGAUAGACAUGCUUCUGUAAGUGGGCCUGGGACAAUCCGGCCACUCCAGGACAGCAAGCAGUCAGUGCCCACAUGUUUCAUGCCAGUAAAAUGGCACAAUCAAAUUUUAAGAGUAUUCUUGAUAUACAUGUGUCUUUCCCGUAAUGUAGAAUGCCAAGUUUGAGUAAAUUGUUUCUUGUCAUUGUCAGUAUAUUUGUACUGCAUACUCUUAUCAUUUAUAAAAAGUACAUUAAUAUCAAUAACUUUUAUUUGCAAUUGCAUUUCCUAUAAAAUAUUAAAAGAAACAAUAUUUUUGCAUUUUUUUUUUUUCUUCUUAUACUAGAUUGAAUGCUAAUUGAUCAAUAAUUUUAUACACAGACUACAGAUAUCACAUGACAUAGGUUUAGAUUGUACUUGAUUUACUUCAAUCAGCCAAUUUUGGGAUAAAUUUCUUGGUAACAAUUAGAUAUAGACAAUAUGAAAUCUUUUAAUCUAUUAAAAAUAUGCUAAUAUUAUCACUUGUUUUAGCAGUGAUAAAAUUCCAGUGCUUUUCAUAUAUUAAUAGUGAUCCAAUUCAAUAACAUGUUACUUUUGACACUGGAUACUGUUAACAUGGAAAUCUACACGAGGGGGGAAUUUACACUUAAUAGGCAAAGGUCAUCCAGCCGCAACCCCCUGCAUAUUUUUGUGAUGUAUGUGGUAUUUAUGGAAAAGGUGAAGAAAAAAUAUUCGCGGAAAUGAUCAACCGCCAUGCUUUUAGUCAGUUUACCUUUAGAAAUCGCCAAAUUAACCCCCAUGGAAAUUUACCCUUGGCGUUUCUAGCUUGAAACUUAUUGUAUUACUGCUAUACAUGGCUAUGAUACUUUAAACUGAAUUUAUACUUAGAUCUCAUAAAUCCUGGAAAAUCAAAAAAAUGUAUAUACUUAGCCCUCAUAAAUCCUGAAAAAUCUAAGAAAUUUAUACUUAGCCCUCAUAAAUCCUGGAAAAAUAAAGAAAUUUAUGCUUAGCCCUCAUAAAUCCUGGAAAAUCAAAGAAAUUUAUACUUAGCCCUCAUAAAUCCUGGAAAAUUAAAGAAACAUUGUAACAAUAAAGAUGUUGCUCUGCAUUGUUCAGAACUAGGUACUUUAAGUUAAAUGAACAUAACUUUAUGAGAUGUUUGGAAGAUGCUUUAAUUAAACAUUUACAUAUUAGUAUCUGCAAAAACUGUUUGGAUCCAUAACAGCUUGUAAUCCAUCAAGAUAUAAUUUUGAAUUAUUUCAAAAUGCUGUUUGAUUACCUAAUGCAUAAAAAUGUUCAGUUAUAUUAUAAUUGAUAUUAUUAUCUGAAUGAUCUAUAAUUCCUAACAUUUAAGGUAUGAUGAUAAUGUUUAUGGCAUACCAGAUAUCAUGGGAAGUUCAGUCAUCAUACACCUGUCCACUGAUCUUGGUGUGAGGCCUUGAUUACGUGCCUAUACUGACCAGUAAUUCUGUAAAAGUCUGAACAGUGAGAACCUAUCCUAUGUAUGUAUGAGAAACUGAAUUUUGUUUGCAUAACAUUGAUUACGAUAAAAAAAAUCUAAUAGAAAGAAAUUUCCAGAAAUAGUAGAAUAUUUUUUCUCAAAUGAACCUGUACAAUGUUAUAAACUUUUCAUCCAUGCAGACAUUACUUUUUUCGAUAAUUGCUUAUUAUGCCUUGAUAACAGCAGGUUUAACUUUGGAAAAUUACCCCACCUGGUACAUGUAUAAUGCUGAAAUAUUGCCAUUGUAAAAAUUUUGCUUUUUUUUAAAGAAGAUUCCCCAAUUGCCAUGUGAUUUAAAUUAGACUUGUAUUUUGUAAUUCAUUAUCCCCUAUGGUUCACUGCUAUCUUGCAUUUCAAUUAGAUUUUCAAAACUUUAAAUAUCCAAAAUAACAGGGACAAGAAAAAAAGGUUUUGUGUAUGAAGAGAGAACAUGCUACAGUAUCAUAACUAAUUACAGUACAAAUCAUAUGAAGGGAGUCUUUUAAUGUAAUUUGAUUGUCAGCAUUAGUUUUAUAUCCUAUCAAAACAAGAUAUUUUCUGUAAUAUUUUUCUAUCUUUAAAAAAUAUUUUUCUGCCACUUAAAGAUGCACAGCUAGGUAGUUGAGAUACUUUAGUACUUGCUGGAAGACAAUUAAACUACCGAAAGUCAGUACAGAAAGUAAAGCAUCCUAACACUACAUUUUGUAUACAGUUCAGACAAAAUAUUGUGAUAGAAUGUACCUUCAGAAGAAGGGGAGUUGAUAAUGUAUUUAUGCUCAUUCUGAUUUUGCUGCAAUUGUGAAACCAGUUUCAUUUCCUUUAAACAUGUAUCUAUCUUGUUUGCCUAUAUGGCUAAACCAAGUUGGUCUUAAUGUAUAAUGAAAUUCAAAAUGCAUGCAAAUAUGCCACCCUUUGCAACAACCAACGACUCUUCAGACGGGACAGAAAAACAAUAGAUUAAGCAGAAAACAAAGGAACUGCUUCUAAAUGAUGAACAAGACAAGUAUUUUAAUGAGAACAUGUAGUGCAAUUAAAAUUGAUUAAAGAACUAGCAUUUUACAUGUAAGAGAGCCAUACUUACAGGCAACAAUCCAGCAUCAUACCUGACAUUCAGGCAACAAUCCAACAACAUACCUGACAUUCAGGCAACAAUCCAACAUCAUACCGGACAUUCAGGCAACAAUCCAACAUCAUACUUGAUGUUCAGGCAACAAUCCAACAUCAUACCGGACAUUCAGGCAACAAUCCAACAUCAUACCUGACAUUCAGGCACUAAUCCAACAUCAUACUUGACGUUCAGGCAACAAUCCAACAUCAUACCGGACAUUCAGGCAACAAUCCAACAUCAUACCGGACAUUCAGGCAAAAAUCCAACAUCAUACUUGACAUUCAGGCAACAAUUCAAUAUCAUACCAGACAUUCCUAUUAUGAGUCUUCUGAAAUUUUUUAUUCAGAAUCUGAAACAUUUCGGUAAAGAAUCAAAAUCUCCCUUCAGUAUACGAAUAUGUGUUAGAAAUUAUUUAUGUAAUAAAGAUUUAAUUUGUAUGAAAUUGAAUUCAAAUAAAUGAUGUUCUUCUGGUUAAAAAGUAUUAGAUAGAUCACCUGUUCUUAAGUAGUAUGUCAAUAAGUUCAUUUGUGGUCUUAUUAAUUCAAAGCUGUACUGUAUAAGAAAAUUUAUUUCGUUGAUCCUGGUAAAAUAAUGCUUGUGAUGGAAAUAUCUUCCUAUUCAUUGCUAAAUAGAAUACUUGUCAAUGGCGCUAGAAUUGUUAAAAUUUCAGAUAUCAUACUUUUUCAAUGGUAAUACAUUGUUUAAAGCACGUCCUGACAAGUACAAACAACAAUAGAUUACCAUCAUAAUGUGUGUGUGGUGUGGCUUCAGUAUAUAUAGGUUUAAUAUAGAUCAGAAUUGGACAUUAUUUUAUGUGUGAAGGGCCAAUGUGGAAAUAUGUCCCGCAAGGUGCACCCAAGUUCAGGAAAUACAUUGUAUAAGUAUACCUCAAGUAUACAGUUUUUCCUGCUUUUUCCAAAUAAUGAAUAUAUAUGGUUGUCAUUUAUUUGUACAUUUUCUGAAAAAAACUGACAUUUGUUAUUUCUUUCCCAUUUAACUGAUAUUUGUUAUUAACAAAUUUCUAUGUAAGUGGUGGGAGAAAAGUAGUCGGUUGUUACUGAUUAUGUAGGCAUUAGAAAUGGUGAAAUCCUACCCUUGGGCUCACAACCUUAGCGAAAUGUUUAGACUCACAUCUAUCUUAAUGUAGUUUAUGUGGUCAGAACCUCAGUAAAACCUUGUUUCUGACUUAGCUCUAUACCAUUUGGGAGAAUUUCUCUGCACCUCAUUCCUACAUAAUUAGUGACUUUAUUAGUCAUCAUAUAACUGUAUGGAAGUUUGUUUUCUUACAUAAUAUGAAUGUUCAUUGAUCAGUUUUUAUUAUCAUCUGAAAAACUGCAAUAAUUUGAUGUUGGUUGAUAAUAUUAAUCUGAGAUAUUUCAAGUUUGUUGUGAAUACAUAUAUAUAGGUAAAAUAUAUUACCAAUUCAUUCUUUUGUCCCGAUGAAUUAGAUUUUUAGAAUUUUGAAAAGGAAAGCAGAGUUCCACUUCAGAGUAUAGAGAAGUGAACUUGGAUAUAUAUAUAUAUAUAUAUAUAUAAGUAGGUAUGCUUUUAAUGUUUAUACUUUGUGAUUAUCAUUGUUACACGGGUGAGAACUGAGAAACAUUGUGGAUGUUCUUCAGCAUUGACAACGAUGUACAUACAUGUUCAACAAUUCCUCAGAUGAUCCACAAGCUGCUUACUUAUUCUGUGUCAUUCUACAUAACAAAAAACAGUUUAUCAAUUAUGUAUGUGAUCAAGAAAUCUCUUCAACUUGAAUGAUCUUUGGACCUUAUCAUUAAAAGGAAAGUUACAGAGGUUUGAAACAUUCAUUUAGCAACAUAGAAAAUGUUUGAACACAAUGAAAACUAAUGUUGUCAUAUCUAGUUGAUGAUCUUUGAAUUUUUAUUGAAAUAAAUUUCAAGAGAUUUGAAGUGUUAAUUUAGAAACACAAACAUAUUUUUGAGUAUUUUCAGUGGAUGCCGUUUUGUUAGUGGUCUCCGCAGGUACUUAAGCUCAGUCAGUAAAAUGCUGGAUGUGUAGUCUUUGGUACAGUAAAACAAUAUCAAUGACACCUGUGUUAUUCAGGGAAUCAAUCUCUAUCAAAUAAAUAUAUGACAUUACUCACAAAUCCCGUUCUACAGUCUAUAAUAUUUUUGUAUUCUAUUUUUAUUUACAGAUAAAUUAUAUUCAUAUCCCAAAAUUAAUGUGUCAGUAUAUUCAACUAUCGUUUUACUACAUGUAGAACUCAUAAUAACACUAAAAGAUAAAUGUCAACAAUAUAUAGAUUAUUACAUCAACCUGGUAUCACUUUAAUUCUCGUAUACUGUAAACACUUUCAUUUUGGCACACUCAAAUUUUCACACAUUACCAAAUUCAAACAGAUUAGUGCAAUGAUGGAUUAGUUCACUGAAAAUGCUUGAUGUAGAAAAACGUAAGAAAGUAUCAAUAAGAAUAUUGCUUCUGCAGUUGUAGGUAUACUACAUGUAUAAAACACAAAGUACAUUUAGUAAAAUUCUAACUGGCAUAUGACAUUAGUGGUUGCAAGAUCUUUUGAUUUACAAAGGUUUUGUUAAUUUUGUAUUAUUGAAAGAUUUAUAUAUUAAAAUUAUAAAGAAUUUGUAUAGGUAUCAUUAUAUGGGGAUUAUUUAUGCAGUAUAAGCCAUUUUAAUAGAUGUGUAAACAUUGUGCCAUCAGAGAGUCUAUAUGUGGCCAGUACAAUGUAUAAGGAAAUACAAUAUAGCAUACAAGAAUAUGAUAUGGUGCCAUCUGUUUAUGGUUUCUAUUUAUGUAAUGUGAAGCUUUUUCAAAAAUAUUAAAAAUGUGUUACGUCAACAUUUACAUGUUAUCACAGGUUAACAUACAUCUUGCACACAGGCGAGGCCAUCCAUAAAUGACCAUAGCUGUUGAUAUAGGAAAUUACCAAUACUAAGAAAUUAAGUCUGAAUUAUCUUCUUGAAUUCUCUUAUCUAAGUUUUACUGUUGUUUUGCCUCCAUUCAAUAUGCUGUUAAGAUACAGAGCUAUAUUGUUUGACCACACAUCACACAUUCAUAAUAUGUGCAUGCUGUAAGUGAAAACUUCCAGCAUGUAUUUGAAAUGUUCCUUCAUUUUCUUGUCUUUCAAACCUGUGACACAUUCAGACCCAAAAAUAUUCUAGAACAGUUUGGUUUAAAAAACAUCAAGCAUUUCUUAUAAUUGUGUUCUAAAAUGUUCUUGAUUCUGAUUGUAGCCCAGGUCCGUUAUGGUCCUCUCAGUAAGUUAUUUUUGAGCGGUUUACAAUAUUUGAUCUGAUUGAUAUGUUGCUAUAUAUAUAGGGCUUGUUAUUGUUAUACUUUGUUUUCAUUAGUCCUUGGCAUAGAUGGAGCAACUGUUUUGUCAAAUGUAUACAUUUAUGGUAUAUAUUUAGUCUUCUGUGAAAGUUUAAACUUUUAAUGUGUCCGUGACUAGCAUUACAUGGACAUAGUUUGAAUCACAUUGUCUGUAUGAUGUUCAAUGAAUUGCCUAUCAUUCAUGUGAAAAAAACAACACCUACUUUUAUUAGUUUUGAUUGGAGAGAAAUUUACUUGGUACUUUAUGUAUCCUACAAUAACCCCAUGCCCCACAGCAAACACGUCCACAUCUGUUUCGGUUAAGUAAACAUGCUAAUGGACGAUAUACGAGUAUCAUUGUCCUUCAUAAAGCCACCCCCUUCUUUGAGUCAAAUUUUAUUUGUUGGGCCCCUGAGCUUAUUGCAGGAUAUAUACAGCUUUAUUUUCAUGAAUAACAUUUGUUACGUUGUAGUAUUUUGCUCAUAUGUAUUUAAGCUUUAUGACAAGUGCAUGGUCAUAGUGUGUUCAGCAAAAUUGAAAAUGUCUAGCUCACAAACUCUGCUAUCCUAUUUUUUUUUGCAAUGCUUCACUUCUCAAAAUGUUGCUUUCUGUUGACAUUCUUAUCAUAAUCAAUAUCUUGAUAUCAACAAUGCAAUGGAUUGAAAAUGUUAUCGUAUUUUGUGCAAUUUAUGACAAUUCAUUGACUUUUCAUUAAAAACAAAAAUGCAAUGCAGACACAUUUCCUGCACAUUUUGUUGCUUAGAGUAUUCUAAUUAAUGAGUCUUUUUAAUUUAUUUGAUUCUUUCAUUUUCAUCGAUAUCCAGGUUUUUCAUUUAAAAAAUGUGAAUAAAUACUUUCGAUGCUAAGGUACUUUCAAUGCUUAAGAUAAAUACUUAUGAGUCUUAUAUUUUCAGUCCUUAGACUUUAUAACUCAGCAUUACCAUAGAAACAAGGCUCAUUUGAGAGUACUGUUCAAUACAUUUGGAUGAUACACAAGCUAUUCAAGAAUGAGAUUUUCACUGAGGAAUUACCUGCAGUUCCUAAGAGCUUUAUUGUUGCUGUAGAUAGAUGGAUGUCUCAUUUGAAGAGGACAAAGCUACAGAACUUUCUCUCCAUUGUGCAAUUUUCUCUGUUUAACAGUAUUUUUCUCUGAAAUUUUCCUGUUUGUAUACAGUUUUUGUUGUACUCUAUGUGCCGUUGACCAUGUGUGUUAUAAUGAGUGAGAUCUGUAUCGUUUUUCCUUUCAUUUUAAUGGUAUGUUAUCAUUUUAUGCAGGAAUUUCAUAAUGCUGAACACAGCUGAACUUGUAGCUCAGAAUUAAACCAUUAAAUGGUUAAAAUUGA